UGUGAGCUUUGUCUCCACUGAAAAGGGUGUUAGAGAAGAUCUGUAAUGAUGAAAACUCCGCUGAUGGGCUGGAUAGUGCAGAAGAAAGUGAUCUGGACCGGCAGCGAGAGAAUGAGAGUGAGGGAUCGAGCUGUCCUAGAUGAGAUUGAAAUAUAUUUCGCGUGGGGUUUGCCUUGUUUGUUCCCUGGAUGCCAGCUGCUUUAACUGAACGAUUGGUUGCUAAUAAAGCAUUUUCUCACGACGAUAAUAACAGCCAUAGCAGCCUUGACGAGUUAUAAGUAACAAAAUUGAGUGUUAAGCAGGGUAGUUGAAGCAUGAGCGUAUUUGAAGAAUUUUGCGAAAGGCGACUUAACGAUGCUCUCAACGUUGUCUCUCUACAUCGUAAAUUUACGUUCUCGCUUUGUGUAUUUUACUUCGCCUUUUCUCCGGUGGCAAUUGUUGGAAAUGUCCUUGCAAUUCGAGCCAUAUCGAGAGUCACAUCACUACCCGCGUCUUUUAAGAAGCUUCUUCUAAGUCUUGCUGUCUCUGACCUUGCAGUGGGAUUGUUUUUACAACCCAUGUAUGGCACAAUGAUUGCUUUGGAGUUGAAUAAGGGGAUCAGUCAGUUCCUGUGUCCUUCUGUCCUGACGAUUCAAAUGUUCGUUACGUUAUUGGUGGCAGGAGCAUCUUUCAUGACCAUCGCUGCCAUUGCACUGGACAGACUCCUCGCUAUUUAUUUACAUCUGAGAUAUCAAGAGCUUGUAACGCCAAAACGAGUGGGAAUUGCUUUGGCUCUUCUAUGGAUUGCAGCAGCUUUUGUGGCACUAGCUUUCAUUUCACUGUCAGACCUUUCUGACUUGAUCGCUGUUAUAACCGAAGUAUUGGGAUUAGCUAUCACAUCCGUGGCAUAUUUUUAUCUAUACAGAGUCGUUCGAUAUCAUCAGAAUCAAAUUCAAACUCAGUGCCAGGUUCAAGACCAAAAUGUUGCGCAAAUAUCUAGAGAGAAGAAGUCAGCUAUGAAUACCUUAUGCGUGUAUGUCGUUUUUAUCGCUUGCUAUCUUCCAGGGUUAUUAUCAAGUAUUCUUUUGAUGAUUGAUCACUCAAACACAUCGUUCCAAGUGGCUUACAACAUGUCUGGGUUCAUGGUUCUCCUCAAUUCGUCUUUAAAUCCACUUGUGUAUUGCUGGAGAUAUCGCGAGAUUCGACAAUUUGUCAGAAGCAGCUUUCAAAGAAACGUCGACAUAUCGUAGCUGAUGAGGAAAGUUAGAAAUGUACAAUGGGUAUAAAAUAUUAUCCUUCUUGCGAAGGUAUUUAAACAAACUGGAAUUGAAUCUCUGAAGCCUUACCACUAAGCUACAGAAAGUUCUGUUAGUUGAGCUGGGCAUUUGCCAAGUUCAUUAAUUAUUAUUUUAUUUAUUAUUUGAAAAAUUCGAACACCUUAAUUUUACAUCCAAUGGCGAGCUUAUCUUAAAGAAACUGAAAUGCAAAUUAAUUUACGAUGGUGAGCUACAUUGACUAAAUGCCUUGAAUCAAUCGAAUUUGAAAAUUAGAUCUUCACACUCAGAAACGUUCUCAUGUCUAGCAAGUAUGCGAAUCUGCUGGUAGUCGUGGUAGUGUCUCCGGGAUAAGUUGAAUAGAAGGACAGUAACUACGUUCGAUUAAGUUAUGAUUCCAAAGUGAGCAAAGGUUUUCCAUGCAUUGUUUAUAUUUAUUUCAAUGUGUUAUUUAUGAUAAUGUCCAACAGGUGCAUAGAGCUACAUUGGACCGGAAAAAAUCCUUAAGUGCAAGUUAUUAUAGAAGAUCCCUUAUUCAUAGUUUUCGAUCUCUUAUCCAAACAACACAAAAAGAAGCUCUUGAUCUCAGUAUUAGUUUGAACAACCUCAAGCAGCACUUUUUCACGGGUUUUUAACUUUUCGUUGUGAAAUUUCUUUUUUUCAAAGGUAAUGAUGGUUUCAAAUCUUCAAAUAUUUACUUAUUACAGUGGAACUUCGAUUUAACGAACCUCUAUAUAACAAAGUCCUCGGUAUAAAGAACGAUACUUCUGCUUCAGUCCGGGUAAAGUUACAGUAUAAUGUAUGCCACAAAACCUCGAUAUCACGAACACUCGAUGUAACUAACCAAUUUCCCCACUCCCUAGGCUCAUCGUUGAAUCGAGGUUCCACUGUAUGUGAAUAUAAACAACGGCCAAUAAAAAGCAUCGAUUCUUAAAUGAAAUGAAAAGUUUUGUAAACAAAUUUCUUGAGUCAAAGGAGUUCGUAUCGGAAAUUAUGUGAAAGGAGGAAAGACAGACUUUUUAAACGAUUAAUUGAUCUGAGUUACUCUUAGUGUGUCUUUAUUGUUCAAAAGAUAAAAUUACAUAUCUUAUGUUCCUUAAAAAAGGAUGUAAAUGAGCUUAGGUGUAUCUCUAAAUAAGAUAAAUAUAUACAUAGAGACAAAUACGAAAAUCGAAUACAAGAGGUAGACUUUUACAAAGCUACAUUGUACUUAAAAACAAUUCUAUUAAAAAAGGUAUUCUUAAAACGGUUCGUGCGAAUGGCGGGCAUUACAGGGGAUUUAUUUCUUAGAUUAUAUCUCGUAGUCUUGGUUUCAGGAAAGUAGGCUCUAAGAGGGUGGCUAAGGAUAGUAAAAACCUUGCUACAAAUUUUGUGAUCUUGCACAUCAAGUAAGUCACCUAUCACUAAUUUCUUAGAUAUGUAGCUACGUUUAAAACAACGAUUUGAAAACUGCUGGGCUAUAGUUAGCUCUGACUCAGAGGCCCCAUACACAGGUAGAGCAUAAGUAAUAUUAGGUAGGACAAUGGAAUUAAAUAAAACAUCGACUUCUGCUCGGCUAUAUCCUUCUUUGCGGAGGCAUCUGAUAACGUAUAAACAUUUAUUAGCUUUACCUAACUUUUCUUUUAGGUGAGUACUGAAUUUGCAGUUCGGCUGAAACGUGAGGCCUAGAAUGGUUAAUGUACUAGUCUGAGGUAUGCCAAAAAUACUUUUGUAGGCCUCA